AUGGCCACCGACAAUGAUUCCUCCCGCCAACAGGCGCAGGAUGUGGGCGGAAGCAAAUCCCUGCCUCUGAUGUCCCGCGACGAAAUCGAGGACUUGAUUGCCAACGGACGACAUAUCAUCAUUCACCGCGGAUAUGUCUUGAAGCUUGAUGCAUGGCUCAAAUACCACCCGGGAGGUGCCAAGUCCAUCAUGCACUUGGUUGGUCGAGAUGGAACUGACUGGGUGGAUGUUCUACAUUCCGAAGAAGCAAAACAGAAAAUGCCGCGGUACCGCAUCGGACGAAUUGAGGGCUCCUGGCUGAACUUCAGACCACCUAUCCAGGGCGGCGUCUUUCGGACCAUGGCGGAAAUCGAAGCGGAUCGUAGCAAAGGCAACUACAAUGCCGCGGCCGGAGACGAUGCCAGCUCGUCCAGCUCUCGAGCCCCUUCGCCGGUAUUUGAUGUUGAUGCGGGAGCGCUGCGGGGUCGAAAGACUGCCGCUGGAAGUGGAUUGGCGAGAUCAGGAUCAAUGUCAUCGAAUUCAACCACAGACAAGGCGCCGCUUGACGGCAUGUCUUAUCUAGACACUGUCACUCGCGAGCACAUUCGCCUUGACCUGGAGGCUUAUCCUGCUGUCGACGAAGCGACACAAGCCAACAUUGUCGUCAAAUACCGUGAACUGCACCAAAGGAUCAUCGAUGCUGGCCUCUACAAGACCAACUAUUCCGCGUACGGCUGGGAAUGCCUGCGAUACUUUUCUCUCUUCUUUACGAUGCUAAUCACCCUUCACUAUGGCUACUAUGUUAUCAGCGCCUUGUCUCUUGGCUUCAUGUGGCACCAGCUGGUUUUCACGGCUCACGAUGCUGCUCACAUGGGUAUUACGCACAAUUACUAUGUCGACACGUUUAUUGGAAUAUUCAUUGCCGAUUUUGUUGGCGGCCUCUCCCUCGGCUGGUGGAAGCACAACCACAACGUUCACCACAUUGUGACGAAUGCUCCUGAACACGACCCUGAUAUCGAGCACAUGCCUCUUUUUGCCGUUUCUCACCGGCUCUUGGGUGAUCUACGUUCUACUUUUUACGAACGGGUUAUGAAAUUCGAUGCUGCGGCGAAAAUCCUGUUGCGUAUCCAACCCUGGACCUACUACCCGUUCUUGGCAUUUGGCCGUUUCAAUCUCUAUGUUCUAUCAUGGGACUUUAUCAUCAACGGAAAGGGACCUCGGAAAGGCCAGGCUGCAAAGCACCGGUGGAUCGAGCUGAUCGGUCAGCUGUUUUUCUGGACUUGGUUUGGCUAUGGCAUUGUGUACAAAUCGAUACCCGAUGGCUGGUCGCGUUUUGUUUUCGUCAUGGUGAGCCAUAUUGCGUCGUCUCCCCUGCAUGUGCAGAUUGUGCUCUCACAUUUCGCCAUGAGCACUGCCGACUUGGGGCCGCAGGAGUCGUUCCCGCAGAUGAUGCUCAGGACAACAAUGGACGUUGACUGCCCUCCGUGGCUGGACUUUGUUCACGGAGGCCUGCAGUUCCAAGCCAUCCACCACAUGUUCCCUCGCCUGCCACGUCAUAACUUGCGCGAGGCACAGAAAAUGAUUAUCGAAUUUUGCAAAGACGUGGGCAUUCCCUACGCAUAUUAUGGAUUUUCAAGAGCCAAUGGCCAAGUCAUUGGCAGGCUUGCAGAGGUCGCUCAACAAGCCGCCAUCUUUUCCAAGUGUCAAGAAACUAUCACCAAGACAAAGAAUUUUGAUAUCUAG